GAGAGAGAGAGAGAGAGAGGGAGGCUGGUUCCUGAUACCGAGACACGGAAAAGCAGGGGAGGGAGAGUUACAGAGAAAGACGAGCGAGGAGAGAGAGGGAGAGCGACCAGGGGGAAUUACACUGACGGACACAAACGCUUCGCGGGAGUCAAACUGACUACUGACAUUUUGGACGUGCUCACUCUCCCUCACCCGUCCAGACCAAAAUAUCGGAGCUCCAAAGCAUCGACAUCGCGCUAACCCAGAACUCAUGGGUUAACAGACUUUGUUCAGGAGAAGCAGCCGCCCAUUAGUCCAAUGAAUAACCGGAAGGAAGACAUGGAGAUCACGUCGCACUACCGGCAGCUCCUGCGGGAGCUGAACGAACAGCGGCAGCAUGGCAUCUUGUGCGACGUGUGUCUGAUCGUGGAGGGUAAGAUCUUCAAAGCGCACAAGAACGUGUUGCUGGGCAGCAGCCGUUACUUCAAGACACUUUACUGCCAGGUGAAGAAGAGCUCGGAGCAGCAGGCCACCAUCACGCACCUGGACAUCGUCACCGCCCAGGGCUUCAAGUCCAUCCUUGACUUCAUGUAUUCUGCCCACCUGGCGCUCACAAGCAAGAACGUCAUCGAGGUGAUGUCAGCCGCCAGCUACCUGCAGAUGACUGACAUCGUGCAGGCAUGUCACGGCUUCAUCAAGGCAGCACUGGACAUUAGUAUUCGGUCUGAGCUUGCCGACGAACUGGCGGAUAUUGAGAUGGGCAGCGUGGUGAGUUCCAUUGGAGGUGGGGCUGGACCGGGUGUGGGCGGGGCUUCUGAGGCAUUGGCAUCCAUGAUCUCGGCCCGCAGCUCCUCGCCGUGGUUGGCCAGGCGCACCAGCCCAGCAAACUCAUCUGGGGACUCAGCCAUUGCUAGCUGCCACGAAGGCGGCAGCAGUUAUGGCAAAGAGGAUCAGGAACCCAAAAGCCAUGAAAGCCAGGACGAUGUUUGUUUGCAGCCCCUGUGGCCUGCUGAUUACCGUUCUGUCCAGGUCAAAGAGGAGCAGGUCUCCCCCUCUAAUCUGCAAGACGGGGCGGGCCGAGGCUCGCAGGGAACACCUGGAGAGCAAGGAGGCAGAGGGGAUGGGGGCUGGCAACCCCCUGGCUCAGGUCGAAGGAAGAACCGUAAGAACAAGGACACAGUCAGGCACAUAACCCAACAGAAUGAAGGAGACAGUCGGGCAGCAUCGCCGCUACAGUCCAUGUUGUCCACACCUGGCUGGAGCUACAGCAACCAGGAUAUUCCAGGUGCAGAAGUGAUGGAGCCCAACAUUCCUGACAGCCGCAGCGAGCGCAUGGACUUCCUGGUAAAGCAGGAGGAGGCCGCAGCGGGGGACGGCGGGUUUCUGUCCGGGGAGAGGGACGAGGCCGUAACCCAGGAGAGAGCGGGCUCGGUCGCUAAUCUGCGUGCUGCUCUCAUGAGCAAAAACAGCUUGUUAUCUCUGGGGGCGGAGAUGCUUGGAGAGGACAACCCGCUUCUGUUCGACUACUUGCCCAAGGGAGGACACUCUCUCUCCCGGCCACGUGGCUCCCAUGGCACCAGCGGUUCCCACCAUCCAGGGGCCGUGUUUGGUAGCAAACACGGGGCGUCUUCAUCUUCUCCUCCUUCUACUCUUCCUCUUCUACUGCCGCCCCCGGGGGCCCUCGGUCUGCCGCGUCCUGGGGGCCCUGAAGUCAAGCUCUAUGAGGAACGGGCCCUGAAGGCCUCACCCACUGAGGAGGAAAUGCAGGAUGAAGUCAGCAGUCCCGCUAACCAUGCAGGGCUGGAGUGUGUCCAGGAUCCCGUAGAGGAAGAUCAGAUGGUGGAGGACAAGCAUGGAGCGUGUGUGACGGAGGUACGGGGCGGAGGGCCGGGCUGGCGGCGGGAGCUGGCCUGCUCUCUGUGUAAGCAACUGUUUAGCAGCCUGCUUCAGCUGAGACAGCACGAGUACAGCCACACGCUCUCGCUCAUGGCCCUGUCACUGGACUGCUUCGACCGCCCCCUGGCGGCCGUGUCUCCGCUCGACCCUCCGCCGGCGCGCUACCACUGCUCCCAGUGCCCCGCCAGCUUCACCCUCAAGUCAAACGCCGACCGCCACGAGAAGACCAUUCACUUGAAGCGGAAGCUCAUGCAGUGCGUCUACUGCCUCAAGCACUUCCGUGACCGCACGGACCUGAACCGCCACCUGUCGUCCGUGCACUCCAGCAAGCGUGUGUACACGUGCCACGCUUGCGCCCGGACCUUCAGCACGCAGAAAAAUCUGGCCACCCAUGCCAAGGUCUGCUGUCAGUCCGGCGUCCCCCCUACUGAGCGGCUGUGGCAUCUGCACGCCAUAAAGGGGGACAAUGGAGAGCAUGGUCACGUUCUUGAUUGAUUAUCAGUUACGCAAUCUGUCUGCCAAAACCAGCGAUUUUAUCCACUAGUGAAUGUGUAAACGCUAGGCCAUCCUGGUUAGGGUGUCAUUUUGGGCACAGCACUGUUGGCGUUUCUAUAUUUUGAAUAGUAUUUUUGUAUAUGGGUUUUAUAUAUUACUGUAACGCAGCUCAUGGCUGGCGGCACAAUUACAAUGCAAAAACAGAUGUUUUAUCAAGUUUCUUAUGAAAAAGCUUUUUUUGUACCGUGCAGGAUUAUUCCAGUUCUCACUUGAACCUGUAGAACACAGAGAUCUCAGUGUAUUGAACACCAUUGUUUUUUUUAUUUCUUUAUAGUUUUUUUAGCAGCUUACCAAUAUUAUUAAUGGUUAGACUCAAGCACAGGGGUUCCUCACUAACUUGGCAAUGUUCAGCGGUAAAUUUGACCAUUUUGAAUUUGUGCACAACGCUGCCCCCUGCAGGAGAAACCUUUUCCUGUGUUCUGAGGUUAAAGGGAUACUUCACGCAAAAAUGAAAAUUCUGUUGUCAUUUACCCACCCUUAGAUUGUUCCAAACCUGUAUACGUGUCUUUGUUUUGCUGAACACACAGGAAGGAAUUUGGAAGAAUGUCAGAUCUCACCCACCAUUUAUUGCCAUAGUAGGGAAAAUAAAUACUACGGGGGUCAAUGGGGGGUGAGAUCUGACAAUCUUCCAGAUAUCUUCCUGUGUGUUCAGCAGAACAAAGUGAUUUAUACAGGUUUGGAACAAUCUGAGGGCGAGUAAAUGAUGACUCAUUUUUGGGUAAACUGUCCCUUUAAGUGGAAGGAUUUGAUUGUGGGCGAUAAAGAUUGGGGGAUGUCCUAAAUUAUUCAACCAUGUUCUCUUUGACCGUGUAUGUGUGCAAGUAUGCGAGUGCACUACAUUAUGUCUGUAAUUUCAGCCUUUUUGAGCCUAAAUCACAGAGAUACAUGAGAUGGUGAAGGAAAGUUGUGUUUGCCCCCUGUGCGAUUCUGCAAACUCGAUAUUGGAGUUUAUAACAGCCAGCAAUAAAGCACAGGAAGGUUGGGGAGGGGUUACUUGGAGAGGGCGGAGCCAUGUUAACAGUCGUGUCAAAGUCAUGGUGUUGACUUCAUAUUGUAGAAUCAGGCCUGACUCUCAGUGAUCGCUGACUGAAGUGUCUAUUGCGAAUUAGUGUAGAAUGUAAUCUGAAUCAGACCUUUUCUCAUCUUGAAAGUCAACCACAAACAUUUAGUAGGAGUUUUGGGAAAUCUGCAAGAGUGAGCCCUGCAUACAUCAUACAUCAGUCAUUUCAACAUGUUGUGAAUAUUAAAGGGACAGUUCAUCCAAAAAUAAAAAUUCUGUCAUCAUUUAUUCACUCUUGUGUCGUCCAAACCUGUAUGUUGUACAUUUACAUUUAGUCAUUUAGCAGACGCUUUCAUCCAAAGCGACUUACAAAUGAGGUAAACAAUGGAAGCAAUUGGCACAACAUGAGGACAACAAAAAGCAUAAGCGCAGUAAAACUAGUCUGAUAUGGCCUACCACAUUAUACAAAGCUAAGGUUUUUUAUUUAUGUUUAUUAAGGAAAGAAAGAGUAGAAAAGUGAUAGAAGUCAGAACUAUGUUGUAUGUCAUACAGUUAUGACAAUGUAAAAGAUGAUUAGUGUAUCACUGAUCAUCUACAAACUUGUGAAAACUCUGAAGGAUCGUCUUGACACGUGGAAAUGCAUUCGAUGCUUUGAAGGCGUGCAAAGAACUGAGUUCCUGAAACUAAACCAGCCUCUUUCAAAUUUGAAUCAGUCAUUUUAAAGUUUGUCGAAGCCAAAGUUACUUUUUCCUCAACUUCAUGUUACUCGACUGAGUGUCACUUUCACAAACCCAUUCAUUUAGUUUUUUGAUCAUCCGUCUCUGACACAGCAUAAAAUCCAGUGUGUCACCUCCCUAAUACAAUAACUUAAAUCUGGCAAUACCUGUGAAUGUAUCUUCCAAAUUCUCACCAAAAGUAGAAAUUUGGAUUUUUGUCAAUCUUGUGUUUAGAGAUUCCAGAUACCCCUGUUGAAAAAAACAGCAUAUGCUGGUUAAAUAGGUUUUGAAAGCUGGUCCUGAGCUGGUUUAAUAUGGUCCUAAAUCAACUCAGGACCAUCUUAGACCAGCACAAACCAGCUACCAUUCUUCAAAACCUCCCUAACCAGCAUAUGUGUUUUUUUCAACAGGGAUGUGUAUGUUUUACUUUUGAAAAUUACCCAUGAGUAUUAUACCCAAGUCUCACAAUGGGCCUUUUCAUUCCACCUUUUCUUUUUCCACCUAAAGUAUAGAGAGCGGUGUUUGUGAUCUCUGUCCGCUCUCAUAUACACUUUGCAUAGAUCGUCUGAUCUGUGCGUCAUAUGCAAAGCUUGGUUCUAUUGUUUUAUCAAGCAAAAAUCAGCACGGUUUGUGCCAAGUCUUCAGGAAAAACAAAGUUUCCAAGAAACACGAAAAGCGUGGUAUAAUCAUUUGUGUUGUAAAACUGUUCAGCUCGGUGCUAUGUUAAAUGUGAGGUGCAUUGUGGACAAAAUCACCGUUUGGCUCUGAAUACAGAAAGAGAAAUUCGUAACUUGCACUGAAGUGGAGAUUUUCAAGGUCUUAGCACUUUCUCCUCAGGAAAAAUAAAAGACUGGUGCGCUUUAAUAUUGUUUAAAGAGGUUUGAACUGUGGGCGUAAAAACGCGUCAGAAUUCUCAGUCACAGCUGGGUUGAAUUGCACUAUUUUUGUUAAUAAAAUGAAAAAUCCCUUGACAGUUGUUUCAAGACUCAAUGCAUAGAUUCAUGUACAUUGUGUAUUUUGGAAGAAUAUUAUUGUGUGUAAAUUUGUAGCCAAUAAAUGUUGCUCUGAAACAUUAAGAAUACUGAGUGGUUACUUUGUUUCGCAAAGAACGUGUAUAGUUCACCCCAGAAUGCAAUUUCAGCAUAAUUUAUUCACUCUCAAAAUUUUGGGUGAGAGUGUGUGUAACAAAACCUGUGCCUGUGUUUUUUCAGAACAGAUUUGUGCAUCUCUCCACAACAUGCUUAAAAAGUGUGGAUUGUAAGUAUUGAAAAGUGUGACCAGAUUCUACAUUCAAAUGAGACAAGUGGGUGUUAAAGUCAGAGCUAUUUCAGCACAUGCUUAUCAGGUCCAUCAUGUGUAAGGAUGAGAAAAACCUGGCUCUCGGUUUUGUACUUAAAUACCUAAAUGGUGCCCAUCCAUCCACUAAGCCAGACUAAUGAGAUUUCAGUCCUAUAGUAUGAAUAACACAAAUCUGGUUUAUUGCUGCUUUGUGUGAAUCAUGCGCUCUGUAAAAUGGGAAAAUGCCAAUGAGAACAAGCGAUGUGGAAUUGACGUUCGGUUUUGUGAGUUUGUGAUAUUUUGUGCUGUAAUUGUUCGUCAAACAAUAGUAAGCCGUGCGAGUCUGUGUUAUUUCUUUCACCCUUCUUUGUUGAAUCUGAGCAGUAAAAUCUGUUUCGGCGCUGCGGUUGCUAGGGAAACUGUCUUUUGGGGUUGGUUUUGGCAUCUAAGGGCAGGUGAGCGAGGGAGAGUAUCCCUCUUCAGUGUUUGUCAAUGCGCUCUGACUGUAUCUUCAGCGGUGACACGGUGAAAGGGCAGGAUUGAAUGAAAAGGAUAUAAUUGAUGUGAAUGUGACAGUAUGAUGAACUUGACCAUUUAUGGCGAAUCCCACAUGGUUACGUUUAUCACAAAACAAAAAGAAAAGAAAUAAAAAGGCAAUUAUAUUUUGCAUAAAGACAACGAAGCUUAUCUUUUGUGACCUUAUGUCACGACAAUACCGGUUAUUCCCCCCAAACUCUCUGGGCAUUUUAAUUUGGAGUUUUUGUGUGAUUCCUUUUAUUCUCAAUAGUGAUUCAAUAGUUAGAUUCUUAAUAAAAAAUUCUGUCAAAUUUAACAGUGCAAACUCUACAAUCAUGUACAUAACAUAAAAAUAUAAACUGGAUAAUAUAAAUGAUAUUAACACAUUACGCUAUACAUUUGGUAACUCUUUACAAUAAGGUUGUAUUUGUUAUCAUGAGUUAAUGCUUUAAUACAAACACAAUACUUUGACAACAAUGAGCAAUACGUCUACAGCAUUUCUUAACGCAGUGGUUCUCAAACUGGGGGCUGUGGCCCCCUGGGGGACACAAGAUGGAUCCAGGGGGGGCACAGAUGUUGUGGCAUUUUAUGAAAUUUAGAAAUUUAUCAUACAUUUUAGGCAAUCAAACAGAGAAAUAAGAGCACCAACCAAAAGAAUUGAUGUUCUAGCAUUGUCAAACUGAAUAUGUUUAUGGUUUAAAUAAAAUUCUAAGUUUAAGAUUAUAUGUCUUGGGGGGCCGCAAAGCGAUGCACUUGACACAAAGGGGGCCUUACGACGAAAAAGUUUGAGAACCACUUUCUUAAAUGUUAUUUCAGCCUUUACUAAUACAUUUUAUCAUUUACAGUUAACUGUUAAUAUGCACAGUGAACGAAUAAUAAUGUCGGCAAUAAUUAACAUUAACAAAGAUUAAUAAUUGCUGACAAUGAUAUUAUUCAUCGUUAGUUCAUGCCAGCUUAUGCAUUUACUAAUGU